GUGCAAGGUGGAAACUAAACAUGCUAAAUGCUCGGGGAUUUUUUUUGUAUAGCGUAGCAACAUCGCAUUAUUGUAUGAGAACACGUCCGACAGCAUCAUAGUUGGACGCAACAUAUUCAGACAAAAUUGGAGUGCAAAUAUGGAAUUCUCUAGUCCAGAUAUUCCACAUAAGCUUGCAGCAAUACAGCAUGAAAUAUUGUCGUAUACACCAGGAGAAAAUGCGUCCUGUGAUGAUAAACGAGUGUUUUUCCCUUCCAAGCUUACCAUUGGAGUGAUUGAUCCAUAUUGGAAUUCACCGAACAUAGUGCCUUACAUUCGUCGUGCCCUUCAUGGGGAUGUGAAACAGGAAAACAAACCAGAACCUACAUCUUCCCAAGCCGAGCAGAUAGAUCUGACAUCUUCUGUUGCCGUCAUAGAGAAAUAUGGAUUAGGUACAUUCACAAAAGAUGUUGAAUACCUUGCGAGGAAGGUCGGACGCAUCGCUCUGUUUGUUCACCCUAGAAAUGUUUCAUCUUACUCCGGUUGGAUAGAUACAAUAAAGAAAAUUACGGAUGAUGUUCCCCUCGUUGGUAUUUACGCGGACGUCGGGGGUAAUGUUAAUGAAGCAACAAUUGAAUUAAAGAAACAUGGAAUUCACGACAUCUACAAAGUACCCGUAUCUAAUGCUCACUUCACCGAUGGGGACCGGCUGCCAUGGCUUGAGCUUCUAUUCGCAUGCAUCCAAGAAGGGGAAAGGGUGAUUCAACACAAUGCUCUCAGUCUCAUAAGAGAAAUUGAACAGAGAAAACAGGAGAAUGAAUCCCUUAGAAACAACACUAAACAGCUAGAGAGUAAGUUAGAACAAUCCCAAGCUACUCAGGAUACCAUGAAAAAUGAGAUCGCGAGACUAAAGAAGGAGAUUUCCAAGGAGAGGGGGAAGUCAAAGGAAAUGGGAGUAUCGUUGAGCGAAAAUAAGAAACGGGCCAAAAAUGAUAUAGAGACAUGCAGGCAGGAGAGGAUUGUGAUGGAAAAGGAGAUGAGGCGAAAGGACCAACAGUUGCUAAACCUUAAAACAAAACUGAAGGGUACUGAGCAGAAUGGGAAGACUUUGAAAGAUGAGAUAGAUAAAAUGAAAACAGAAAAGAGUGAGUUAAGCAAAAAGGCUGAUGCCGAGAAGGACUCAUUGAUGAAUAAAUUGGCCUCUUUCAAAAGGAAGAUAGAAGAACAAAAACGGAACGAGACCACUCUUUUACAGAAUAUCGAACAACUCAAGGCUAGAAUAGAUGAAAUUGAAAAAGAACAACCCUCUGUGAACGCGGAGAAAGAGCAAGAGUUAGAGUCUUUGCAGCAACAUGAAAAGUCAUUGCAAAGAAAACUUCUGGAGAAAGAGCGCAAAGUAAAAACUCUUACACAAAAAAUUGAUCAAUUAACAGAAAAGCAUACGCAGGAUACGAAGAAGAUGGAGCGAGAGCUAGAGUCUUCGCAGCGACGUGAGAAGUCAUUGCAAGGAAAAAUUCAGGAGAAAGAGUGCAAAGUAAAAACUCUUGCUCAAAAAAUGAAACAAUUAACAGAAGAACAUAAGCACGAUACAGAGAAAAUGGAAAAAGACAAGCGUGUAUUGGCAGCGGACAUGAAGGAAAGGGAAACGUCUUUGAUGCAAAUCAACUUGAAACUUGAAGAGGAAAGACGAUAUUUGGAAGAAGAGCUUAAGAAACUGGAGUCUCGGGAACAAGCUCUGAUUAGGACUGUGGCAGAGAAAGAGCGCGAAGUGGUGUCCUUCAAGAAGAAAACAGAAAGAUCCCAUAGAACGUGGGAGGAAGAAAGGACUCGAUUUGAAGAGGAAAUAUCUUCAUUGGAAUCAAACUGGAAAAUGGAACGUGAUACACGACAGCAGCGAACAUGGCGCAUGGAGCAACUUGAACGUGAGGCAAAGAAGCUUCGAAACAAGAUCCAAAGAGAAAGUGAAAUACGGCAUUGGGAAAAGAAGACUCAACGGCGAUGGAUGCAGAACUUCAUCACAUGGGUGUCUCCAAGGAAAGAUAAUCUUCAUGAGCCGUCAAUGUAUUCGAACAUGUCUAAUGCAAUGGGAGGAAUGUACGGGGAUGCCACUUCCCAAACAAGUCUCAGAGAAGAGCCCCCAAAUGAUGACUUCGCACAAAUCUUAAAGCAAAUCGCCGACUAUCUUUACGACGAUGCCAGCAUUGACAGUCUUGGUGGCCAGCUUGGUAUCAUCCAAGGAGACAUUGAGAGGGCGAUCAAAACCAAUAUGAGGUUUCACCAGAUUACCAGUGACGGAACCUAUGGCAUGCUGAAGCAAUGGAGGAGAGGCGUAUCUCCGGAAGAUGAACGGAUAGAAAUGAAGAGGGCACUUGUGGCUGCCAAGUUGACGAAGCUUGCCGAAGAUCACUUUCCAGAGGAGGGUUCAUCAGGUUUUGAAGAUGGACGGACCGAUGUAUUGCACUUCCGGUGAGACAAUUAAUG